UUUAACUGUGCCUGCAGCAGGGUUUCUGCACACCCUCACAGCACUCAUUACUCAAACACGUGUGCCUCCGACAGUAAACAUAUGGAGUACUACGGCUUCCUCCUGCUCUGGAUUUGCUGCCAGAAUUUAGGGUUCCAUGACUGCUUCAACAUUGACACGAAGAGAGCUCGAAUCAUCAAAGGCCCUAAACAAGCCCAGUUUGGAUACACUGUUCAGCAACAUGUGGCUGCUGGAGGAGAAAAAUGGUUACUUGUGGGAGCCCCUUAUGAAAUGACCGGCUCUUACCAAACAGGGGAUGUUUAUAAAUGUUCGCUCAAACGACUCAAUGGCAAUGGCUGCAUGAAGCUCAAUUUAGGAAAGAUAUCUCUGACCAACGUAUCAGAGCGGAAGGACAAGAUGAGGCUGGGAAUGACGCUUACGUCUAACCCUAAAGACAACAGCUUUGUGGCCUGUGGGCCACUGUGGUCAUACGAGUGUGGCAGCUCCUAUUACAGCACAGGACUAUGCUCCAAAGUCAACGCAAGCUUCAAGUUCUCCAGGACAAUAAUUCCUGCCUUUCAAAGAUGUGAAACCUUCAUGGAUAUUGUGAUCGUUCUCGAUGGAUCAAACUCUAUUUACCCCUGGUAUGAUGUGCAAGAUUUUCUCAUCAACAUUCUUCAGAAGUUCCAUGUUGGACCAGGUCAAAUACAGGUUGGGGUUGUUCAGUAUGGUGAGAAAGUGGUCCAUGAAUUCAAACUGAGCGAUUACAAAUCUGUGGAGGAGGUGGUGAAGAGGGCGCGCAGCAUCGACCAGCGGGGUGGAGAGGAGACCAACACAGCUCUAGGAAUCAACAUAGCUCGCUCCGAAGCUUUCAAACAAGGAGGUCGACGUGGUGCUAAGAAGGUGAUGAUUGUGAUCACUGAUGGUGAGUCACAUGACAGCCCUGAUCUCCAGCAAGCCAUUGAGGACUGUGAGAAGGAUGGCAUCACCCGUUACGCCAUUGCUGUGCUUGGCUUCUACAACCGGAGAGGAAUCAAUCCUGAGGCCUUCCUUAAUGAAAUCAAAUACAUCGCCAGUGACCCAGAUGACAAGCACUUCUUCAAUGUGACAGAUGAGGCGGCACUGAAAGAUAUCGUGGAUGCUCUUGGGGAGCGCAUCUUCAGUCUGGAAGGAACCAGUAAGAACGGGACAGCGUUUGGCCUCCAGAUGUCACAGGCAGGAUUUUCAGCGCACAACGUGGAGGAUGGGAUUUUGGUUGGUGCUGUUGGUGCUUACGACUGGAACGGAGCGGUGCUGAAGGAAAUACGCCAAGGGAAGGUCAUCCCUCCUAAGUCGUCCUACACACACGAGUUUCCUGAAGAGCUGAAAAACCAUGGGGCCUAUUUAGGUUAUACUGUGACAUCUAUAGUCUCGUCCAGAAACGGCCGUCUGCUUGUCGCAGGAGCUCCUCGGUUCAACCACACUGGCAAAGUCAUCAUCUUCACCUUGAGUAAUUCAGGCAAUCUCACCAUCCUUCAUUCUCUCAAAGGCCACCAGAUCGGCUCCUACUACGGCAGUGAGAUUGCACCUUUGGAUAUUGAUGGAGAUGGUAUAACUGACAACCUUUUGGUGGCAGCGCCGAUGUUCUUCAGUGCAGGCUUGGAGAAAGGAAAGGUCUACAUCUACAGAAUAACUGAACUGAAUCGUUUCAUCCCUGAAGGAGCGUUGGAAAUUCAUAACGGUGGCCAGAAUGCUCGCUUCGGCUCGUCCCUCGCGCCUCUCCCUGAUCUGAAUGGUGAUGGGUUCAAUGACCUGGUGGUGGGAGCUCCACUGGAGGACGACCACAAAGGAGCCAUUUAUGUGUUCUUCAGUCAGCCCAACAGAAUUCUGCGCAAAUAUAAACAGAGGAUAGCAGCGGCAGAUUUGGCUUCAGGCCUGCUGUAUUUUGGCCGCAGUAUUCAUGGGACAAUGGAUAUGAAUGGUGAUGGUUUGGUGGACCUGGCAGUGGGUUCUCUUGGUGCUGCUGUUCUUCUCUGGUCAAAGAGUGUUGUGCGGAUUUACACCACCGUCAGGUUUGAGCCCAGUAAGGUCAACAUCUUUGUGAAAGACUGUCAAAGAGGAGGCAAAGACGUGACCUGCAUGUCGGCCAUUGUGUGUUUCAACAUCACCGCCAGGACAGCUAUCCAUCCCACACAGGAAAUCGGGAUCAAAUACAAUGUCUCCAUUUUGGAGAGACGUUUCAAUCCUCGAGCUUUACUGGAUCAUCCACUCAAGCUGCAGCCUCAAAACCUGACCCUCCUUCCUGGGGAGGAGUUCUGUGAACACAUCUAUUUCCAUGUCAUGGAGACCACAGACUAUGCAAGGCCCAUAGUGUUCGCUGUGCAAGUGGCGCUUCAAGAUCCAGAUCAGGAGCCAGUUCUGGAUGACAGCUGGCCUGAUGUGGUGAAGACUGAGCUGCCCUUCUGGAAUGGCUGUGAUGAGGACGACCGUUGCAUGUCGGACCUGUCACUGCAGUCUACGACUGACCUGAUGACUCGAAGUCGGUUCUGUGCACACCCUGUACGGUCUCGAGGUUCCUUCUGCCGUCAUCAAAGUGAAGGAGGGACAGAGGGGUCGUUUCGGGUGCUUGAGGGAAACACAAGAAGGAUGCUGGUGGACGUCAAACUAGAGAACAAAGGGGAAAAUGCCUACAAUGCUCUACUCAACAUCUCCUGCACACCCAAUCUACGCUUCUCCAGCCUCGUGAUCAAAGACACAUAUGAUAUAAAAAUAGAUUGCAACACAGUGGACAAGAUGAGGAAUAGAAGAAUCUGCAAUGUCAGUGCACCAUUCAUGCGGGCCAGAACACAGGUUUCCUUUCGUCUGGAGUUUGAGUUCAGUCGUGUCGUCUUCUUGGACCAUCUCAGAGUUGUAUUAGAAGCCAGCAGUGAUGGGGAGGACCUGAACUCUGCUGAUAACUUUAACGAUGUCUAUUACUCACUGAAAUACGAAGGAGACCUUCUUUUUACAAGGGACUCAAAUCCAACCCGGUAUGAGAUCAAGUCAGAGCUCUCACUGGAGGAGCCUGGUGUUAUCGGUCCCCCUUUCAACUUCACCUUCCAGAUCCAGAACCUUGGAUAUUUUCCAGUCGGAGAUUUACAGUUGAGCAUAGAGAUUCCAGAAAUGACACAAAAUGGGAACCAACUUCUGCAGAUAUUUGACUUCCAUAUAGAUCAGAGGAACGGGACGCGCUGUUUACCGCCCCAGCAUAUCGCUCAGAGCAGAGCUUCACCCGAGGAUCUCUCCCGCUUCUCCCGCCUGAACCGAUCCAACACACUAACUCUGCCAAUCCAGUGCACGGUCAAUGUGGCUCCCCCCAGAGAGAUUAAUGUUGUAAUCACUGGAGCCCUGAGAAUAGACACGUUACAUGCUCUGAAGUUUAAAAUCCUGGAACUGGUAACCAGCGCAUCAUUGGAGCUCCCCUCCUCCAGCCCCAUGUUUCUACACGAAGACAGGCCUGUCAGACAUAUUAUAUUGGAGAUUAGGAAGGAAGGAGAUUAUAGAAUUCCUAUCUGGAUUAUAAUUGGCAGCACACUGGGAGGAUUCUUGCUGUUAGCUCUUCUCAGUCUGGCUCUGUGGAAGCUCGGAUUCUUCAGGAGGGAGAAACGGAAAGAAAAUAAUGAGCAGGAGGCCAACGGGAAGGUGUCCGAAGAGCGGUAACGGUGGAUCAGCACUCCCAGCAGACAUCUCCUAAAACCAGGGACUCUCAGGAACCAAGCUGCCUCCCUCUGCUCUCCAACGCCACAGCAGCAGCACACGGACGCCACUGCGAAACCGCUGAUGCAAGACUUAUUCCGUGCACUGGACCUGCUCUACAUCACAACCCCUGACCCUGGAGUCAACACCGGCACACUCAGCAUUUCUGGGUCCGUCUAUCCCUCACAAGGUCGUCCCGCGGACCCUGAAGCUCUGGUGGUUUCAUUUGGACAGAGGAACUAGUCUUCAUCAGCUUGUUCUAAAUCAUUCCUGACUAUGAUUUGUCUUUAAGGCAAGCAACAGCAAAGCCUGUUUUUUCUUCUAUUGUGUGUAUUUAUUAAAAUUUGAUUAAACUUUAUAUAGAAACUACAGGAGUAACUCUCCACCCAUCAAACAGGCUUCAGAAGUAAACAUAAUAUAACAAAUAAUUUAAAAGGUUGUUUAAUAUCAUUUGCAUUUUAAGUUCUUAUUUAAGACAGAACCAUUUUUUAACUAAAAUCACAAAACAGCAAAAAAUCCAUGCUGUUAAACUUUAUUCGCAGAGAGAAUUUUUUUGUUUGUUUUUCCCAUCCAGAAACACACAAAAAGAUCUAGGAACAUUUCGAUGCACUUUGUUUUACAAUGUACAAAAAUGAACUUGAAUCUGUAAAUAGUCAAGUGCUUUUUAUACUCUUUUAUUAUUAUGUUUGUAUCAAUACUUUCACAUUUUAUAUAACAUAACUUUUUGAACUUAACUUAAAAACAGUGAGUUACAGGAUUAUUACAAUAUGAGACAGUUUCAUGCCUUUUAAUGUGCGCUGCAUCAGAGCAAAAGGUGUGCAUGAAAUACUGACAGCAACUUUUUAAUGUUAGAAGGGAUUUUAUAUGAUGGUGUUACUGAAUUUAAAACAUACUCAAUGGACGAGAACACCGAUGAGCGUUUCAUUUUUCAUUGUGUUUACCUGCACAAAAUCAUAAUGCACAGUCAAAACUACAAGCUACAUCCUUUUCACAGCAUUUUCAUUUUAUUUGCAUUGUUACUGUGGAAAAGGAGCAAUGAAGAACCUGACUUCAAAAUAGUAUUUUGUUUUUGCAAUGCAUUAAAGAUAUUUUCACAUCAAGAGGUUUUUAAUAAUCUCAGAUUAGGAUUAUUUGUUACAUUUUAUAACAUAAUAUGUGUGAGAAGUUAAGCCCCACUGUUGGAAAAUGUCUGAAUUACUUAUGUUAGUUUUGAAACUUUUAUUUAUGAGAACUUUAAUGUUUUUCACUGAAAUUAAACUCAAGAUGAAAGUUUGAAAUGA